AUGGACGGGACGCUCACUAAGGCGCACAUCGGCAUCCCUGUGGGCGACUUGUUUGUGGCAAUGGAGUCGUGGGAGGAGCCCGAGGAGGUUGCACGCGCCAUGGGUGUCAUUCUGGAGAUUGAGGCAGAGGCGUCCAAGACAGUCAGUGCCAUGCCCGGCCUGCAGGACCUCAUGGCAACACUCAGGGACCACGACGUCAAGGUGGCGCUCGUCACCCGCAACACGACGGCCAGCGUGGACGCGUUCUUCCGCCUGGUGGGCGAGGAGUGGCGCGGCACCUUUGACGCGAUCCGCACGCGCGAGUUCCGCUACGUCAAGCCGGACAAGAGGCUGCUGCUGUCUCUGGCGGAGGACUUGGGGGCGCGCCCAGGUCACGUGCUCAUGGUAGGAGACUCUCACGAAGACGUGGAGUGCGGCAACGCGGCGGGCACUGCAACCUGCCUCAUUGCGGGCGGCGGCAACGAGGUCGGCGCCGCCAACGCCGGCCCGCCACCGGGCGCUGUCCCCACGAUCACGGUCCACAGCCUGUCGGAGCUCAACGACAUCCUGCUGCGCACCCGCCAGGACGGGGACGAGACGGAUGAGGAGGACGCGCCCCUGCUGGGCUGGCGGGCGCGAGUGGCGGGCGCGGAGGACCGCGCGGUGCUCGCGGUGGCGCUGGCGGACCCGCUGCAGCCGGGGUCGCCGGCGCCGGGGCUGGACUUUGCGGACUACCUGAUCGGGGUGCGCGGUCUGGUGGAUGGUGGCUGGUGA